GCCCUGCUGUCUGAGCUGAAGGACCCCCAGGGCCUGGGGGUCAGGAUACAGCCCUUGUCCUUGGGCCUCCGUCCUGCAUCCAUGCCUCUGGGAGGCAAAGAACAGAGUGUAGAGGCUGCGCCAGCCCAGCACUGCCCAACUGGGGACAAUGCCAGGCCCAUCCCUGGGCUGGGGCUGGUUGUUGCUCAUUCAGAGCGGCUCUGUGCUGGGUGGGGAGACGCUGGCCUCUGCAGGCAGGAUUACUGCCAGGGUAUCUGGAAGGAAGGUGCGGGCCCUGCCAGACUGGCACGUUCUUGUGGCCUCCCAUGAGAUGCCUGUUCCCAGAACCCGCUCCCUGCCAGGCCCCGAGUGAGCGUGUCUCCUAUAGAUGUAUCCACAUGUACAGCACACCCCACUGCACCCCACUGUUGAGUGCUUCCAUUGACACAGCACACCACACAUCACUCGAUACACAAGUAGUCUGCCAGGUACACAGCCAAGUGGCGUGACCUGCAGCACCAUCCCUUACCUGGCACGUCCUACAUUGCAGUGCAUGUUAACACACACUGUGCACCAGACACACCACGCCAGGCACAUGCCAUGAUGUGCACAUUCCCUCAGAGCUGUACGCUGACCCCCACUACCCACACAUACCUCCUCCCACAUCUCAGUGCACCACAGACAUCAGAACAGCACGGCACAUGCCUCGGCAUCUCCAUUCCCCACAGCACAACACCAGUGUUUCACAACACAUGUACUGGGACUUCUCGCCACAACAUGAGUACUUGCUAACAUCACAAAUGCUCGCCCUUGUCAUGACACAUAUGCCCACAAACACCACAGCCCGCCAUGGCCCAACACAGGUGCAUGCGCUCACUAGUAUCACAGUAACCGAAACUUACACAAUUGUAAUGCGCAGUCUAAACUAAAUCCCCCCUGACAGGCUCUUCACACCCAGAACUCAGCACUCGGCCCACCACACACACAGCAGCUACCAUAGACAUUCAUGCAACAUACCACACACUUACACGUGUACCCGUUUACCACACACACACACACACACACACAUGCUGUCUGUCUGUCUCUCUCUGUGCCCUCCCACCCCCAGCCCUGACCCAGAUUCCAGGGCUGUCCUCUCCACACAGUGCACAGUGCCUUGGUCUCAUGGGUCCAAGACAAAUGCCAGCUUGCUUGCCCCCAAGGUCACUGCCCCCCAGGAGAUGGCUGAGGGCCAAGCUCGGGAGGCCCUGGGGGCUGCUGCACUGGCUUCUGGUCUGGAUGUGCUAUAAUUACUGUAAUCACAGUGCCAUGCUUGGCACCAUGCCCCUCUGGGAACCUCCACCUCUUGACCUCAAUUGUCCCAUUGCCCGUUCUGGGGACGGGGAGGCAAGGAUGGAGUCUGGAGAUGUAGACUUCUCUCUUCAAGUCUGGAAGGCCCUGCCCCAUCUCCCCACAGGCUGAAGUGAGGCAAGCUAUGGGGAAGAAGAGUGCAGGGGAGGGGGGAAUGCAGGGUGGAACCUGGGUGUAAGAUCUCUCCAGCUGGAGGGGGCAGUGGGUCAGGAGGGCAGCAGCCUUAGCUCUGCUACGGCUUGAGUGGGCAGACAGCCACAGAUGUCAGCAUGUGGGGGCCUCUGCUGGCCCUAACAUCUCCGGCGGGCCAGAGGGUGGGGCACAGGCAUUCCUGUGGUUGGGAGCCAAGGCUGGAGGCCAAUGGGGCUGCGGCAGCUGCUGACGCCACCGCCGACGCAGCGAGGCCCCUCCACACCCAUCCUCCCCUCCCUCCUCCUCCCACCAGCCAGCAGAGAGCCGCUGGGGGCUGGGGGCAGCUGCACGGAGGGCAGGCCUCGGGGGACAGAGGCAGGACCGGCGUGGUGGGGGCUAGCCCGGGGUGGGGCGGGACGAGGGCGGAGGCGGGCUGGGAUGCCACCGCCACGGUGAGGCGGGAGCCCCGGGAGCCGGCAGGAUGUCAGGAGGGAGAGGCCUACUCCCAGGAUGCCUACCUGAAGGGGAACGAGCCGUAUUCUGGAGAGGCCCGGAGCAUCCCAGAGCCGCCCCCAAUCUGCUACCCUCGCAAGACCUAUGCCCCAUCAGCCCGUGUCUCCACCUGGGCCGCUAUGGUGCCUGAGCCCCUUUCAGCACUACCCAGUGACCCCCGGAGUCCGGCUACCUGGAGUGACCCGGGGCCCUGUGUCCCAUCCACAGCCCGUGCCCAUCUGGACAACCAUUCCUUGGGGAUGAGCCAGCCCCGCCCCAGCCCUGGUGCCUUUCCCCACCACCCCUUGGAGCCCCGGAUGCCCCGUGCCUUCCCAGAGCCUGGCAGCCGGGUGCCCCCCAGCAGAUUGGAGUGCCAGCAGGCUUUGUCUCACUGGCUGUCAAACCAGGUACCCCACAGGGCAGGGGAGAGACGGUGCCCUGCCAUGGCCCCUCGGGCCCGCAGUGCCUCCCAGGACCGGUUGGAGGAUGUGACUGCCCACCGCCCAUGGCCCUGCUCCACCUCCCAGGGUGCCUUGAGCCAGCUGGGCCAGGAGGGCUGGCACCGAGCCCGCUCAGACGACUACCUGAGCCGACCCGCCCGCUCAGCUGAGGCACUGGGGCCAGGGGCACUGGUGUCGCCCCGCUUUGAGCGCUGUGGCUGGGCUUCCCAGCGCCUGUCUGCCCGCACCCCAGCCUGCCCACCCAGGGACCUGCCAGGGCCCCAGGCCCCACCCCCACCUGGCCUGCAGGGCCUGGACGACAUUGGGUACAUUGGGUACCGAAGCUACAGCCCAUCAUUCCAGCGCCGGACUGGACUCCUCCACGCACUCUCCUUCCGGGACUCACCCUUUGGGGGACUACCCACCUUCAACUUGGCCCAGGCCUCUGCACCGUUCCCAGGAGAGGCCUCCGAACCACUCAGGGUUGGCCGGCCAGAACCCAGCACCCGGGCACUGGAGCCCCCAGCCGAGGACCGCCGCGACGAGGUGGUCCUGAGGCAGAAGCCUCCGACGGGCCGCAAGUUCCAGCUGCCCCCUGCCAGACAGAUGGACCUCGGGCUUGGAGGCGAGUCCCCAGAGCCAGAGGCCGGUGUGCAAGGACGCCUAGGCAGGAAGGUGGCCCCUUUGGCUGCUACUGAAGAUUCUCUGGCUUCCAUCCCCUUCAUCGAUGAGCCGACCAGCCCCAGCAUCGACCUCCAGGCUAAGCAUGUCCCUGCCUCCGCUGUGGUCUCCAGUGCCAUGAACUCAGCCCCUGUCCUGGGGACCAGCCCAUCCUCCCCAACCUUCACCUUCGCCCUGGGCCGCCAUUACUCCCAGGACUGCAGCAGCAUCAAGGCCGGCCGCCGCCGCUCCUCCUACCUGCUGGCCAUCACCACAGAGCGCUCCAAGUCCUGCGACGAUGGGCUCAACACCUUCCGGGAGGAGGGCAGGGCUCUGCGGCGUCUGCCCAACCGAGUACCCAGCCUGAGGAUGCUUCGAAGCUUCUUCACUGACGGGUCCUUGGAUAGUUGGGGCACUUCUGAAGAUGCUGAUGCUCCUUCUAAGCGACACUCAACCUCUGACCUCUCGGACUCGACCUUCAGUGAUAUCAGGAGAGAAGGCUGGUUGUAUUAUAAGCAGGUCCUCACCAAGAAGGGGAAGAAAGCGGGCGGCGGCCUGCGCCAGUGGAAGCGCGUGUACGCCGCCCUGCGGGCGCGCUCGCUCUCGCUGAGCAAGGAGCGGCGGGAGCCCGGGCCAGCGGCGGGGGCGGCGGCGGCCGUCGCAGGUGAGGACGAGGCGGCGCCCGUCUGCAUCGGCUCCUGCCUGGUGGACAUCUCCUACAGCGAGACCAAGAGGAGGCACGUGUUCCGGCUGACCACCGCUGACUUCUGUGAAUAUCUCUUUCAGGCUGAGGACCGGGAUGACAUGCUGGGCUGGAUCAGAGCGAUCCGAGAGAACAGCAGGGCCGAGGGCGAGGACCCCGGCUGUGCCAACCAAGCUCUGAUCAGCAAGAAGCUUAAUGAUUACCGCAAAGUGAGCCAUAGCUCUGGGCCCAAAGCUGAUUCCUCCCCAAAAGGCUCUCGUGGCCUGGGAGGCCUCAAGUCUGAGUUUCUUAAACAGAGUACAACACGUGGCCUCAGGACUCCGGACCAGCCUGCAGGGAGCAAGGAUGAUAGCACUGCUGCCCCCAAAACUCCCUGGGGCAUCAACAUCAUCAGGAAGAACAGGAAGGCAGCCCCCAGGGCAUUCGGGGUCCGGCUGGAGGAGUGCCAGCCAGCCACCGAGAACCAGCGCGUCCCCCUGAUUGUAGCUGCCUGCUGUCGUAUUGUGGAGGCACGGGGACUGGAAUCCACGGGCAUUUACCGAGUGCCAGGCAACAAUGCAGUGGUGUCCAGCCUUCAGGAGCAGCUGAACCGUGGACCCGGUGACAUCAACCUGCAGGAUGAGCGCUGGCAGGACCUCAAUGUCAUCAGCAGCCUGCUCAAGUCCUUCUUCCGAAAGCUACCUGAGCCCCUUUUCACGGACGACAAAUACAGUGACUUCAUCGAGGCCAAUCGCAUUGAAGACUCAAGGGAGCGGAUGAAGACACUGCGGAAGCUGAUCCGGGAUCUCCCAGGACACUACUAUGAAACGCUCAAAUUCCUUGUGGGUCAUCUGAAGACCAUUGCUGACCACUCGGAGAAAAACAAGAUGGAGCCCAGGAACCUGGCCCUGGUCUUCGGGCCAACACUGGUGAGGACAUCUGAGGACAACAUGGCGGACAUGGUGACCCACAUGCCCGACCGCUAUAAGAUUGUGGAGACGCUGAUCCAGCAUUCAGACUGGUUCUUCAGUGACAAUGAGGACAAGGGAGAGAAAACCCCUGUGGAUGACAAGGAGCCUCAGUCGGUGCCCAACAUCGAGUACCUCCUGCCUAACAUUGGGAGGACAGUGCCCCCAGGUGACCCAGGUCCAGAUGCUACCACCUGUAGUUCAGCCAAGCCCAAGGGCUCGUGGGCCCCCAAGAAGGAGCCGUACGCCCGGGAGAUGCUGGCGAUCUCCUUCAUCUCCGCGGUCAACCGCAAGCGGAAGAAGCGGCGGGAGGCGCGGGGGCUGGGCAGCAGCACCGACGACGACUCGGAGCAGGAGGCGCACAAGCCCGAGGCGGGUUCGGCGACGCCGGGGGGCCAGGACCAGCCGGAGGGGCAGCCGCCGGGCGCCGCUGCCCCCGAGCCCCCCGGGCGCCUCAGCCCCCCGGCGGCGCCGGAGGAGCGGCCGGCCGCGGACACGCGCUCCAUCGUCUCGGGCUACUCCACCCUGUCCACCAUGGACCGCAGCGAGUGCUCAGGCGCCGGGGGCCGGCGGGCGGGCGCGGGGGACGAAGCGGACGACGAGCGCAGCGAGCUGAGCCACGUGGAGACGGACACGGAGGGCGGCGCGGGGCCCGGGGGGCGCGCGGCGCGCCGGCCCUCCUUCAGCUCGCACCGCCUCAUGCCCUGCGACACGCUGGCGCGGCGCCGCCUGUCCCGGGGCCGCCCCGACGGCGAGGGCGCGGGCGCGGGCUGGGGGGCCGCCGAGCUGCCGGGCUCGGCCUCGUCCAGCAGCCAGGAGUCACUGCGCCCCGCGGCGGCCCCGGCGGCGGCGGCGGCGCUCGGCUCGCGGCCCUCGCGCCUCGAGGCGCUGCGGCUGCGCCUCCGCGGCACGGCCGACGACAUGCUCGCCGUGCGCCUGCGGCGGCCGCUAUCGCCCGAGACGCGGCGACGCCGGAGCAGCUGGCGCCGCCACACGGUGGUGGUGCAGAGCCCGCUGACCGACCUCAAUUUCAACGAGUGGAAAGAGCUGGGCGGAGGGGGCCCCCCGGAGCCCGCGGGUCCUCGGGCGCACAGUGACAACAAGGACUCGGGGCUCAGCAGCCUGGAGUCCACCAAGGCGCGGGCCCCGUCGUCCGCGGCCUCGCUGCCGCCCGCGCCCAGGGACCCCGGGGCCCUGCAGAGCCAGCCCCCGCGCCACGCCGCCGCCUCCCGCCUCCAUCAGUGUCUGUGACCAGCCCCGCCCCACCCCGCCUGAUGGCCCCCCUCCGCCCCCACGCAAACGGGCGUCUCCUCUGGCUUGCGCCCCCUCCUGUGUCGCGCCGGGGUGCAUCAGGCCCUCCAGGCUGUAUCUGAUUGGGAUGCUGGAAUUGGUAGGGGGGUGGGUAGAGGAGAAGGCCGGGGCUGGGCAACUGGCAGUGUGAAGGGGAGGGAGGGAGGGAGGCUCCAGAAACAGAGGGAGAGGAGAGGGUGUAGGCUGCUGGAGCCCCGUGCAGGGCUGCUGGGGGUCUCUCCCCUGAUGAGUGACCGUGUGUGCCCUUCUGGCCUUCCUGUGUCUGCACUUAGGGAUCCUUGUCUGCCAUGGUGUGUGGAUAGGGAACCCCCAAGUCUGAGGCUAAAGAAAAGACACCGGGUGAUGCUGGCUUUUCGCUCCUUUCCUGUGCCCACCCGCCUCCCCUUAGCUCCUAGCUAAGGUGUGGGGGGAGGUUGUGUAUGUCUGUCUGGGGAGAGGAGAUGUAGGGCGGUGGUGCCCAUGGGGGGAAGGGGGUUGUGUGUGUGUGUGUGUGUGUAGUCACUGUCCAAAGGUGUUACCUGCAGCAGCUCCUCCACUCCUGUCCCCUUCGUCCCUUCCCCCACCACUCCCAGGGCUCCCUGCCUUUGGUACACCCAGGGGUCCUGCCCCUGUUGCUUGCAGAGCCAGAGAAGGGGGUUGGGGCCACUCCAUAGAGGCAAGAAUAAGACACUGACCAGGGCUUCUCCCCCGCCAACCUUUUACCAAAUUCUAAAUCACCCCACCUAGGGGACUGCAUUAACCAUGGGGAGCUGCCCAUUCCCCAGCCAGUUUUGGAAGGGUGCAGGGCUCCCCCUCCUAGGCCUCCCUUGUCCCUCUUUUUAUUCUUCCAGCUGUGCCUGCUUCUUCCACAGCUCAGGCACACAGACCCCCACCUUCUUCCCCUUAGGAGGGGGCAAAGUAAAGCAUCCCUGGUCUCUCUCUCUCUCUCUCUCUCUCUCUCUCUCUCACACACACACACACACACACACACACACUGAUUUAUGGGGUCUGAGCUGGGCUGUUCCUCCAGGAUGGGUGGGACCCAGCCCCCUCUUCUCCUCAGACCCCUCUUCUCACCACACGUUGUAAAUAGACCUCAGAUCACCAGGCCUCCCCCACAUGCCCUCACUUAUUCCAGGCAAGCCCAGGUAGGGUUCUGAAGCCAAGUCUAUCAGUCCUCUUGUUUUAUGCAAAGAUUUGCUGCAAAGUAGAUUUCUCUGUCCUCCCUCCUGCAUCCUUUUAUUGUAAAUAUUGUCUCUAAAUGUGUAACAUAUUAUAAAGAAUUUAUAAGGAUUUUUAAAGAUGUUUUGCUCAUUUAAAAAAGUGUUGUUAACAGUGUUGGAUAGGUCUACUGUCCCAUGUCCGCAUGUCUCCUUCCACUGUGUCCUUGACACACCUCUUUAGGCGACAACUAAGAUUUCCUGCUUCUGAAAAGUCCUGUCUUUAAAGUAUAGUCUUGGAACUAUAUCUUGGAAAUAAAUGACCUUCCUUAAGGCA